AUGGCUUCCAGUUCUUCCUCUAGUAUUAUGGCUGAUGCUAGCAAGUUUGAUGUUUUUCUGAGCUUUAGAGGCGAAGAUACUCGUUAUAAUUUUACGGAUCAUCUCUACAAAAGAUUAAUGACAGCAGGAAUCUUUACUUUUAGGGAUGAAGAAGAUAUCAAGAGAGGUGAAGAAGUGAAGCCCGAGAUUGAAAAAGCAAUUAAAGAAUCUAAAGCUUCAAUAGUUGUCUUGUCACAAAACUAUGCAACUUCCACUUGGUGCCUAGACGAGCUUGUGUUGAUCCUCCAAAAAAGGAAGGAAGGCAAUCACUUUGUUCUACCUGUCUUCUAUCACGUCGAUCCUUCUAAUGUUGGGAAACAAAAUAAAACUUUCGCACUCCAAGUCAAAGAAUCCUCUUUAAGGUGGACAGAUCAGAACGUGAAACUGUGGAAGGAAGCUCUUAUGGAGGUUGCUGGUUUGGCCGGCGAGGUUCUGUCCAGGUUAAAGAACAACCCAUUUCUCAAUCAACGGCACAACCAUCUCCGACAUCUUCUCCAGUUAGCUUCUCUGCCAAUCAUAUCCGGUCAUUUUUGCAAAUCACCACAAAGAAAAAGAAAAGAAAAGAAGUAG